GCAACAGCGGUGCCUGAAGUUCUGAACGGUGAACGCGCGAGCCAGGCAGGCAGCAACAGGGAGGGAGGCGUGCUUCAUGGUGUGCUGCACGUCGCGAGGAACCACUCCGAAUUUCCGCAUUGAGAAAGCGACCCCGAGGGCUGAAUAUUAUCUACUGUCAUCAUGCGCGCGAUUCCUGAGGAAUUAACGAGUCUCAUCGCAGACUUGGAGGCCUUCUUGACAGACGGUCUGAAAGGAGAGAGCCUGAGCAAGAAGACCAAGGAGAAGAGGGAGCUCUUUAUCAAACGCAUCAAAGAUGUGAAAGCCAGUUACUCUGCAGAGUUUAAGGACAAACACGAUGCUGAGGACUCUGAUGAUGGUGAUGAGUUUGACAGCGGAGGUUCCCUGCAUUCAGAGAGGACCGAUCGGGAUGAGGAGGCGCUGAACGACGGUACCCAGCAUGCUCCUGUAGCUGCACAGGACCUUGACCUCGUCUUCAAGGCAGGAUACCUGGAGAAACGCCGCAAAGAUCACAGUUUCUUUGCUGCAGAAUGGCAGAAGCGCUGGUGUGCCCUGAGCAACUUCACUUUCUACUACUACGGCAGUGAGAAAGAUAAACAGCAGAAGGGAGAUUUCAACAUCGAGGGCUACACUGUCAAACCCAACAACACACUCCGCAAAGACUCCAAGAAAGAGUGCUGCUUCGAGAUCUCUGCCCCAGACAAGAGAGUCUAUCAGUUCUGUGCUGCAUCUCCGAAGGAGGCUGAUGACUGGGUUGAGAGGAUCACAUUUGUGCUGAGAGAUAUGGAGUCUGGUAUCAUCCCGGAGGAGCAGUGCAUGUAUGAUGAUGUCGGGGUGCUGGAGGAUCGGCAUGCUCUCCCAAGCCCCGCCCCCAUCGACGACGAAAUUUACGAGGAACUUAAAGAGGAGGACAUGCCGCCCCCCCCACCCAAACCCGUAGAGAAGAAACCGCCUCCUGCAGCUCCACCAGUGACUGUCAACAAGGCUACUGAUUAUCAGAACUACUACCAGGGCAUGUGGGACUGCACAGGAGAGCAGGCUGAUGAGCUGACAUUCAGGAGAGGAGAGGCCAUCUACAUCCUGAGCAAGGAGUACCAGAGCUUCGGCUGGUGGGUUGGUGAACUGAAGGGUUCCAUCGGCAUUGUGCCCAAAGACUACCUGAUGGAGCUGUACGCCCUCUGAAAGGUUGUUUGCUCCUGCCUUCAUCGUCCAGCUUUAUGUGCAUCCAGCUGUGUGCAGAUGUGUGUGAGCAGACAGACAAGCACACACCACACUCAAGAACCUGAGACACACACACACACACACACACACACAUCAUAUUAAUGCUUUGUAUGUGACAAUCCAGAUGUGUUUGGCAAUCUAAACAUACAUACACAAACAUACACACACUCACACACACAGAACCUGAGAGACCAAUUGUGGUGAUUCCAGUUGACAGACAGAAAUGUGGUGACUCCAGUUCCCUAUAUACACACACGCUUGCAUGCAUGCAGACACGCACACGCACACACACACACACACACACACACACACACACACACACACACACACACACACACACACACACAGAGAGGUCUGUGUGGAUAGGGUGAUAUACCGGGUGUGUGUGCUGUGAAACUAUUUGUUUAAUUUAUUUUGUGAACUGUGUUUUGUUUUUGUGUUCCCUUGAUGUAUGAGUUGCACACACACACACACACACACACACACACACACACACACACACACACACACGUAUGAGUUGCCGAGGCUUUCUGGUGUGAAAGAGCUGGAGUGUGUUCCCCAAUAAAGCAAUGAGUUUGCA